AAGAUUUGUCCUUAUUUUUGGCUUAUUUUUAGCUUGCGUCCUUAUUUUUGACUCGCGUGUCCUUAUUUUGUCUUAUUUGGACUUCAUAAAGGAAGCUUUGUGUUGUUUGUCUUAUCGCCAGAGCUUUAUUGUGCCAUCAUAAAAGCAACACAAUCUUAUUUGGAACACAAAGAAGCAAGGCACAGAUAGAGAUGAAGCAUUGUUAGUGUGGCGAUCCUUGGGUUUUGUUGUGGUGGUGGUUAUUUUAGCCUAAAUUUAAAAAUGGGCGAACGUAACGAACGUUCUUCGUGAUGAGCACGGUAAAGAAUUCAAAGUUAAACGAAGCUUGAAGGAUGAGUGCUUCGCACACUGUGACGUCUGUACUUGUUACAUUAACCUGGAGCUCAUGGGAAAGCCAGCUAUUUCUGCUAAUAUUGCAUAAAUUUUUCCAGCCGUCCUUAUUUUGAGUUCCAGAUCGAUGGAAUCCCUGUAUAUACGGUAACUUUUCAUACAGUCUUUUUCACAGAAUUUAAUUAGAUACUUUAAAGCUAUAUUGGGUAAAAACUCCAAAUAUGGGGAGUUCCACGCUCAAGUAUGCAAUGACUAUCCUAGCCUUUGUGGUGUAUAUAGUUUCACUCAUAUUCUCCUACCUUAAUUCACUGUCUGGAAUGGGUGGAAAUAAAAACAAGACAAAUGAGACUGCAUUGGGAGGGUUAUAUCUCAAUACCAUUAGAGAGUUAUCAGAAAAAUACAAGAGCAAUAUUCAACCAGCUAGCUGGACUUUUGUUGUCAUCUGGAUGAUUAUUUAUCUCUGGAAUGCAAUUGGUGCAUUUUACAUGAUUGUAGCUCUCUGCCUGAAGAAAGAGGACAGUCCAACAGUGAGAGAGAAGCCUUUGAUUCCUCCAGUUACUCUGAUAUUCUGGUGUCUGAGUUGGUCAUUGUCCGUGGCAUGGAUUUUUGCGAACGACAGAGAGAUUUUGGGACUGGCAAUGUUCUUCAUACUUGCGGCUUGCUGGGUUACUUACGCUGGUCUUGCAUUCUCGUAUCGAAGUUAUUACCCUGAAGUCGAAGAACUGGAACAGCAGAAUCCAAAAUUACUGUGGCUUGUUCGAAUCAUUUUCCACAAUGGAUAUGCGAUUCUGGCAACAUGGUUGACGUGCGCUUGGAAGCUGAUGCUGGCAACUGUGAUCACUUAUAAGGGCAGCAUGGGAAGUCCUGUUGCAGAGCUGAAUGGUUCACUGACAGCUGAAGACGCUGGCACAAUCUCUCUUGUCAUCCUCUUGUUAGAGAUCAUAGUCUGGUUUGUACUUGAAAACUUCGUUUUCGAAAAAUAUUGUCGCUACACUCUUACCAUCUACCCUACUCUUGUGUUUGCAUUGAUUGGAGCUCUCGUUGGGAAUUACGUCAGUCCCUUCUCAAGGAAUAUGUAUCUGUCUCUCACCGGUUUGAUUCUUUCAAUUCUUGCUCUGAUCGCUCGUACUGUGCUGGUUGCUUACAGGCAUAGGAAAGGAAAAGUGGAUGUUGCCUAGAGCGUGGCUUAAACUUUUGGUGUUAUGGGGAUGCAGAGGUUUACUAUUAUUUACGGACCCCCAUAAUAAAUUUAUAGAAAGAAAAACAAAAACACAUUGUUACUUACCCCGGACUUAGCCCAUUUACAGAGCCCCAAAAUAAGUUUAUAAAAAUGAAAACGCAUUGUUACUUAUGCCAGACUUACCCAAUAUUCAGAACCCCACAAUAAGUUUAUAAAAAUGAAAACUCAUUGUUACUCACCCCUGACUUACCCCAUUUAUAGAGCCCCACAUUGUUACUUACCCCUGACUUACCCCAUUUACAGAGCCCCAAAAUUGGUUUAUAAAAAUGAAAACGCAUUGUUGCUGACGCCAGACUUACCCCAUUUUCAGAGCUCCACAAUAAGUUUAUAAACAUGAAACUCAUUGUUCCUUACUGAUCAAUGUUGGUGAGUAAAUUAAAGUUUAUUUAAUGACUCAGAUGUAUUUGCUGCUCGGAUGUAUUAUUUGCCAUUAGGCCUAUUGCUUUUUUAGACAGUUACGAAAUUAGCCAAGCCUUUAGGUUUCUCUCACGACCCUCUUUUUGUAAUGUAAAAAAAAUCAUAUUCCUGUAGCAUACAUGGCAUUUUUUUGCAGUUUGAAACGAUUUUUAGACUCUCAGUAAAGUGAGAAAGUUAACUGAAUAUUGAUUUAAGUUGUUAAAAAAAAUUAAAAUUUAAUAAAUGUUGGUUUUGAUUUUUCUUCCAACUCCUGGCGUGGCUCUGUACAAACAAACUCUGCACAAACGAAAAUUUACCUGUGUUAUCAUCAUUUAAUUUCUAUCAUUCAUUUUGAAUUCAAUUUAAGCUACUAUUUCUCAACACACACUUUCCUAACAAAAUUUCAAAUUCAGUUUUUUGGUGACUUAUAAAAGAAACCAUCGGAUCGCGAAACGAUCCAAUAUCGUCUUUCUUGUCAGAUUAUAUUCCCAAGCUGAAGUUCUUAAUAGAAAAGUGUCAUCGUGAAUAAGUCAUCUGCCCUUUUAUUAUAUUUCUUCACUAAUCCAUAUAUCAGAGC